AUUGCUAUUACUAACUUAAUCACUGCACUAGCAUAGCACGUAAGACAGUGUGUGAAAGGAAUAACACUAUAUGUAUAUAUGUUUCAUAUUUUAAUAACAUAUACCAAAAACACAAUGUUAUGGAUCACUGACUUCGCGCCAUAAGUGUGACGUCAGCAUAUUAUCUCAUCAUAAAAGCACUCUGUGCAUAGCCACAGUGCUUAGAUAUAUAUUUUGCCUAUUUUACUCCCAUCAUUAUUAUAUACAUCAUAUAUAAUACGGACAGUCAAUUGUCACCUGUCAGCCUGGUAGGAUUGGCCGACAGCACUCAACACUUUUCUAAUGUUGACGUUUCAUGUUACAGGCAAAUAAAUACAUUUUAAAAGAAACUCCGUCUUCAAUAUUUGUCUGGGACGACUAGAAGCCCGAACCUGCGACAUAUACAACGCAUGAAUACAUGAGCGGCAACAAAGAAAUUGUCUUCAAAAUUUUGAAAAGCAUGAGACCCGGGAGAUCUUUAUCAUGCUUAGUAGUGGUGGAUUUUAUCGUCAAACUUAAUAUCAUUAUUUGCUCCACAACGACAACUCCAGACAUCGGACCUGUGUCGGAUGCGACAGUCACAACCCCCGAGCCUAUCUGCAGGAGCGACACCUGUCUGAACAAUGGCACUUGCCGGGAACUGGACGACUGGGAGUGCAGCAAUAAUCCAGAUAUGUUGCCGUCCGUUUGCGUGUGCUCCGAGAGCUUCACAGGUGCUCGGUGUGAAUUCAGCAUCAGAUGUGGAGGGGCAAGAUGUAAAGACAACGAGCAGUGCACGCUUGAUCGGUGUAUCGUCACCAGUGCAGAGUCGCCAGCUCCUGUUUGCAAAAAAGGAGUCCACCCCGUCACUUACCAGCUCGACAUCCACGACAGGAGGAAGCCUAUAGUGUGUCUAGACAUGUACUACACGACCAACUACUCAUACUGCUACGACAACGACGACUCUAUCGAGUUCGAGAUUGUUGAAGAAGAGGAGUUGAAUCUGUUUUGUCUCAAUAUUGACUACCGGCAAUGGCAAACCUGUCUCCACGUCAACGGGACAUUCAACGAGGGUAAUUUUCCACUAAAACCUAUUUUGAACGUGACAUUACAAGCCAGGGAGUACAACAUGAAUCCACAGCACGAUUCUAUAGUGUUUUCGGUAACAUUCAACGAAGCCCCAGAUGUGACCACACCACGUCGGGUAUACAUGUUGAACGUGGCUGAAGAUGUUAGUCCCUAUACCAUCAGUGUUGAACAGGCCUUCAAUGUGACCGAUCAUAACGCCUUGACGUACACAUAUAAAGGCAACCGUCCUGGUAUAUCCAUAGACAGAGUGAAAGGGCAACUGAUGUUUGAUUUCCAAGUUGGCAUUAUUUCAAUUGACAUAGAGAUCAAGGAUGACGGUAUUCCGAGCUUGGAAACACUCGUCAAUGUCCAAAUAGAAGUUGUGCGCUUAAGCUGUGGCAUCGAUUCUCCCUUGUACGCCAAUUACAGAAACAUGAAAGGAAUUGUUGGCAAAUUGAAAUGUGACACCAGCGACGGGUUUGAAAUAUCAGAUCUCCGCACAAGCUACACAGUGACUGGAGAUCUUGAGCUGGAAAUCACGCCUAACGGUUUUCUGAGACUCAUCAAUGGUUCACUGGGGAAUCACAACGUAUCAACAACUAUCACCCUGGUCAGGGAGUCCGGCGAAGCCACUGUUUACGUUGACUUCAGCAUUCUUAUAGCCUACAUUAGGACGGCAGUAUUCUCGCUUAGCAAGAAAACAUGGAUCCCUGCCUACGGCGUUCAGUCGUCGUCAGACUUCUCAGCUCUCAGAUCUGAAGUAACACAAGAGAUUAAAGAUGAACUCAAUAAACUGCCAGAUCUGAUGGUCAAUGUUGAGUUGUUCAGUGAGGGUAGUGUGUACGUACACUUCACAUUGUUCCUUCGAAACGAAGAAAAUUCUACUUAUGCCACUCAACAACUGAACGCAUCUAUAGCAAAUAACGGCACUGUUGGAACGCUGGAAGUGAACAGAACAAGCUUCAUAUCCAGAAAGCAAGUUGGCCUCGCCCUCAUAUCAAGCAUGGUGUAUUCAAGUCCUGGUGUACAUGCAAAUACACCUGAGUACACAAGGAACAACACACACGUGCAGUUGACGUGUACUGGCACCUUUGUCCAACCUGUUGGUGACGUCACCAUGGAAUGGCGGAUGACGUCCAACAAUGCACUCGUAGUACCCUUGGCCUACUCUCGCCUACAGACAAACCUCACGAGUCCUUCUACUGGUGUUUACCGCGGAACUCUGACGGCCAGUAACAUCUUGUUCAGAGAUACAGGACCUUUUACGUGUAUCAUCAAAGACGAAAGAGGCCGGUCUGACAACAAGACGAUUAGGGUUACGGUUGUUGCCCGCCCCGUUGUGAGGCUUCUGCCUCUGAAGAACGUCUACAUAACGUCUGGUAGCAUGAUCAAUAUAACGUGCAACGUGACAGAGUCAGGAACAGACGACACCAACAUAACGUUUUAUAAAAAUGGCAAUCCUAUACAAACAGAAAAAUCAAUGUCCAGCAACUUUAGCGUUACGGGCAAUAUCGAAUCGAACGGAAAUUACACGUGUAGGGGAAAGAACGGAGUUGGAGAGGGGGACGACAGUGCCAUUACCAGCGUUUCCAUCAUAAAACAGGACAUCAUCCGGUGUGGCAAUGAAGCGACGUGGCAGACAACCAAAGCAGGGCUCACCAUAGAGGCUCCGUGUCCUGAUGAACAAACUGGUGAAAUGAGUCGAACCUGCAGUGUUGAUGGGUCGUGGCUGGAAGUCAAUAAGAGCCAGUGUGUCAGUCCGAAGAUAGAAAAGGUCCUUGCUGAUAUUGCGUGGAUUGAGGACGGAGUCCAGGUGGCAAACAUCUCCACCGUUGCGGAGACUCUCUCGGCGAACACGAAGCCGAAGGACCUCGGGAGCAAGGAGAUUGGUCUUGUGUCACAGUCACUGGAUCGACUGUUGAACAUUUCUAAGGAGAGCAACAUCACAGAGAAUAAGAAUGAGACGAAACAGUUCACCAAGGGCUUUGUUACAAGCGCUAGUAACAUCCUCGAUCCAAAGACUGUCGACAAAUGGGAAAAUUUAAAGGAAUCAUCGACCACGCCCACCACGGUGUUGGAGCUGGUGGAUAACGUCACGGAGGUGGCUGCCAACAGCCUCGACGAAGGAGAAGUAGAAACUAUCACGUCUCCCAACAUAGACCUUCAGGUCGGCAAGACGAGCCCGAACAGCAUACAAGACAUCGUGUUUCCAGAGCAGAAAGCCCUGAAGGACACUUCGAAGAUCACCAGUUCUCUGAGACUUUCCAGUGAAACAUUGAAGACAGCUAAUGGGACGGUACGGUUCAGUGCGAUCUAUUACAAGAACAUAUCAUCGCUACUCCCCGAGGGGACAGAGCUCAAGGAACCAUCAGAAGACGGGCUUGGCCAGAACAGUUCGUCAAAGCUGGUGGUCAGCGGGGAUGUUUUUGCUUUCAACCUAUUUCCUCCUCCAGAAAAAGAGCUGUAUCCGCCAUUAAAAAUGAACUUCACUCAUACAAAUCAAUCACUGGAUUCUGCAAGGGGGCAGUGCGUCUUCCUCAACAUAUCGGAGAGUAACUGGCAAAUUGAUGGAUGCAAUGCCAGUAUACGAGCUAGAAACUACACUGAAUGUUCCUGUAAUCAUCUUACUACAUUCGCCCUACUGAUGAGUCCGAGGAGAACAGGAGUGAAGCCGACGCCGCUUCCCUUAACGAUAAUAACAAAAGUUGGAUGCAGUAUUUCCGUGGCCUGCCUGGUUUUGACUGUGAUUCUAUACGCCACGGUGUGGAGAUACGUGAAAUCCAAUCAAUCUGUUAUCGUGGUUCAUAUUUGUGUGUGCCUUUCUAUUGCCAUGCUUCUGUUUAUGUUUGGGGUGGAACAGACAAAAUAUAAAGCUGUGUGUACGUCCAUUGCUGUGGCCCUCCACUUCUUCUACAUAGCGAGCUUCUUCAUGAUGCUGGCUGCAGGUCUGGAGGCAUUGUGGUCAAUUGUGCUCGUGUUCGCAGUCAGAUCUAAGCUGAAACCCCUCUUGACUGGAGCCUGGGUUAUGGCUGUGGUAAUAGUCACCGUGUCCAUGGCUGCUACACAGUUACAUGGUUAUGGAACACCGGAACAUUGCUGGUUGUCAAUGGAGGAUAACUUGAGAUGGGCGUUCAUUGGUCCAGUUCUCCUCAUAGUCAUUGUUAACUUCAUCAUAAUGGGAAAGUUGAUACACACAAUGCUGUCUACCCGCGCUCUACAAAACGUGGAUGUCAAAAACAAGAUUAAGAGGUCUCUCAGAGGCAUCUGUAUUCUCAUACCGGUGCUCGGGGUGUCCUGGAUAUUUGGGGUCAUAUCCGUAGAAGAUGAAGAACGUGUUAUGGAAUAUAUUUUCGCCAUUAUCAACUCUCUACAGGGUUUGUUCAUCUUCAUCACUCAGUGUGUGAUGAAGAGAAAGGUUCGCAUUGGGUUUGCCAACUACAGGAGACGAUUCCUGUCAAGUCGGUCCCAGCUGUCAAGUCAACCAAGAAGAAAAUCGCGUCAACAGGACAGAGCAGAGGGCAGCAGGGAUCUUGCGUCACAGCAAAACUUGCUUCCAUUUCAUUCAAUCUCAGAAGAUCCACAAUUUGGGGCGAGUUCCAACCCGGCCUUCGACAAGGAACACGCGGGUCGUGAUGCGUAUGUCACGGAACAGAGCGGAGCGUACGACAACAAUAUACCAGACCAACCUCCUCCGCGCAUCUUUCCCCCUGAAAGGACUUCCGGUCACUUACCAUCUCCUACCACACCGGCCAGUCAAGGGAUAGACCAAUCAGCCGCCAGCAUGGUGAACAAAGCAAAUGAGUGGACGGGGCCUAUCGAUGACGUAAACCCGUAUGCAGAUGAAUGGGAGGGUCCUGUUGGUGACGUAAACCAAUAUGCAGAUGAAUGGGCGAGUCAUGUUGGUGACGUCGAUUUACCCCGAACUGCUUUGGUUGUGCCCUCUGUCGAUGUAGGCACGCGUAUAGGUGAAUGGUUCGAUCAGUUUGAAAAUGCUGACGGACUUAACGUUGACGGAAACAGGAGAGAUGGCAUACCCAAUGUGACCCGAGCAGACAUUCACCACGAAAUGAAUGACUACACGAAUGGCGCAGAUUUACCCGUGAACGAUCACAUGGGACGUGUCCAUGAUGACAGGAGGAUGGCACAGAGAAUCGCCGCCGUUGACCCAUCGCUGAUGAAUCCACACAUUGGGCGGGGGAGAACAGGUAAUUCUCCAGGCAGAAUAGAUGGACACGGAGAGAGGAGUACUCAACAACCUGCUGCCAUGAAAGUUUCUGAUUGGUUGGCUUCCGAUCAUAUAUCUCCAGGGCAGAGUUCUUCACAACUACAUACAGGAGCUCUCGGUCGGCAUGACGUAUCUAGUCUUAUGGAAUUUGUUCCCUACGGUGUUCGAGCAAACACGUCCAUUGGCGGUGGGCAUCGGGAUUCGCCUUUCCUACAUCCGGGUAUGACAGGAUACACGUCACAUGAGCGUAUGAACACAUUACAAGACAGACCAUUCAGCCAGUCAAUGGAAUCGUUUAAUUCACUCAUUUAGGUAGAAGCAUGCCUUAUCUUGUACAAUAAUCAAUAUUUAUAUGAUGUUUCAUCUGGAAACUUGUAACCAUCUUCACAUGUAAAUAUUAUGCCGUUAAAAUAUGUAUUACAGUGCAUGACAUACCUACAUGACUGUGACAUGGCUAUCAGUACGAUGCGGGCGUCUUACGGAAAGUUUGGUAUUAAUAUAUAUACAUUACAAAUAAUAUACGCAUUAUUCCAUAGAUAGUAGCGGUCUACUGACACAUGAGGAAAUGUGGUUUUGAUUGAUGUGCAUUAACUACAGUAAACUACAAUGAACUACGGUUAUUACGAACUAAAAUUAGUGGUCCCUUUGAGUUCGUUAUAACCGUAGUUUACUGUAAUGAAUAAUGUAUAAACAAUGAUAGCUACCUCAAUGUACGGUAUUGGAUUGCCUCAUUCAUAUAUUUAAUGCAUAUGUAAAUUGGCUAAUGAUAUUAUGGGGGUAACUUGAGUUAAUAUUUAACGUCACAUAACGGCAAUAUUUUAGCCAUAUCGUGAUAUCAUAAGGAAAUGAGAAGGGUUUGCAUAGCCACAAAACAUGAAAUUGUUAUUGCUUACUAAAAAUUGAAUUGACAUAAUUUAUCAUUUAUUUAUUUCCCUUUUAUGGAGUAUUCUUGUCAAAGGGUCACUAGUAUGACUGUUGUCAAAUAUCAUUGAUGUCAUCUAAUAGUGUUUCAUUUAAGUCAUCAGUAGUGUCAUCGCCAGUGGAUUCGACAUAAGAUUUCAAUGUGUAUGUUACGUUUUUGACAUCUUCUGUUCAUUUUCUGAUAGUUGUAUGUCGUCUACACAGUUAAAAUCUAAUUCUUUAUUCAGUACUUGUGUAGGUCUACGACCCUACAAUUGAACAACGACGAUUCCCUGCGUGAUGUACAAACAUGGCUGUAUUUCUAAUUAAAGAUUUUUCUCGGUUUAGCAUGAGAAUAUUACAUUUAGAGUACUUGGGAUAGACAACUUAAUCUGGAAUUCACUGCUCGCGAAGGUUACCAUAUGCGUUACCAAUUAACAAGAAACGAUAUUCGUCCUCCACAAAGCCCAUGUUACACGUCUUACAAAACCUCUGGGAGUAGUAUUGUAUCUACCUGUUUCUAUAUGUUCAGAGGGUGAGCUACAGCGGAAUGGAGCCAUUGUCGAUCUAAAUGUAUCCAAAUUUACAACUGAUAACUACACACGGACAAACAAUGCAGAAAUUCAUUCACUGAUUCAUUACUGGGAUAUCGGAAAAUGGCUCGCACUUCAAGCCAGAUCUUCUAAGGGUGACUAGUUCAUGGCUGUAUUUGCUUUGCGUCACCUUUAGUAUGUGUAUUGACUGUUGUUGUAUAAUAUGUACAGUUCUUAUUCUAAACUUGUUUUGAUUGC